GAAAAAGCGGUCAUUCAUGAGUACUAUCGGGAGACGUCGAGAACAAAAUUGCCUGCUAGUUAUGGCGAAAAUUAUCAAGUGAUUCCAGUUGGAAGACAUAUCUUGAUACUUUUCUCGUAUAUUUACUCUAAUAACGUUAUCCCCGCAUUAAUAAGCUCGAGAAAGAUUAUUCAUUAUGCCAAAAAAUUUUUGAACAAUUCAAUCUGGCUUCCUGCGAUGCUCGAUACUGGUGUCUUGUAG